CUUUCCCCAGCACUAUUUCUAUGGAGCUCAAUGUACUGCAAUGGCCAUGACAGUGGGAGUCAGAUGCUGCCUCUCAUUAGAUUCUCUUUAUUGGAAAUUUGAACAGAAAAAUAUGGAAUGAACUUUACAAUGAACAGUGGAAUGGGAAGUGAGGGAAUUUCAAGGGAAUGAAAGCUAUGGAAAGUCAAAGUUCCAUGGUAACCUCAGCAGAGGCUCCUGGAGGUGACAGUUCUGGGAUGCAAAGAAGGACAAAUGAAGCAGGGCAGCUAUUUGUCCAUCAUGUCUCAGUGGAAUCAAGUCCAACAGUUAGAAAUCAAGUUUUUGGAGCAGGUGGAUCAAUUCUAUGAUGACAACUUUCCCAUGGAAAUUCGGCAUCUGUUGGCCCAGUGGAUUGAAAAUCAAGACUGGGAGGCAGCUUCUAACAAUGAAACCAUGGCAACAAUUCUUCUUCAAAACUUGUUAAUACAACUAGAUGAACAGUUAGGUCGUGUUUCCAAAGAGAAAAACCUACUCUUGAUACACAAUCUAAAAAGAAUUCGGAAAGUCCUUCAGGGAAAAUUUCAUGGAAAUCCAAUGCAUGUAGCUGUGGUUAUUUCAAACUGUUUAAGGGAAGAGAGGAGAAUAUUGGCUGCAGCCAACAUGCCUGUCCAGGGGCCUCUGGAGAAAUCCUUACAAAGUUCUUCAGUUUCAGAAAGACAGAGGAAUGUGGAGCACAAAGUGGCUGCCAUUAAAAACAGUGUGCAGAUGACAGAACAAGAUACUAAAUACUUAGAAGACCUGCAAGACGAAUUUGACUACAGGUAUAAAACAAUUCAGACAAUGGAUCAGAGUGACAAGAAUAGCGCCAUGAUGAAUCAGGAAGUUUUGACACUGCAGGAAAUGCUUAACAGCCUCGAUUUCAAGAGAAAGGAGGCUCUUAGUAAAAUGACCCAAAUCAUCCAUGAGACGGACCUGUUAAUGAACAACAUGCUCAUAGAAGAGCUGCAAGACUGGAAGCGGCGGCAGCAAAUCGCCUGCAUCGGGGGUCCACUCCACAACGGGCUCGACCAGCUUCAGAACUGCUUUACACUAUUGGCAGAAAGUCUUUUUCAACUCAGAAGGCAAUUGGAGAAACUAGAAGAACAAUCUACCAAAAUGACGUAUGAAGGUGAUCCCAUUCCAGUGCAAAGAACUCACAUGCUAGAGAGAGUCACCUUCUUGAUCUACAACCUUUUCAAGAACUCAUUUGUGGUUGAGCGACAGCCAUGUAUGCCAACCCACCCUCAGAGGCCGUUGGUACUUAAAACCCUCAUUCAGUUCACUGUAAAACUAAGGCUAUUAAUAAAAUUGCCAGAACUAAACUAUCAGGUAAAGGUUAAAGCAUCAAUUGACAAGUCAAUUGCCUCACUGAAUGUCUGGGCACUACCGAAUAUGCCUCAAAAAGUCUACUUUCUCAAAGAUAAAAUAAACGUCUGUCUCCCAAAAAAGUCACAUGGAAAAGGAAGGACAAGGAACACACCAAAAAUCAGGUCUUUAUUUCAGCAGCAACCAAAGGAAAUGAAGUCCAGUGCUGGAGGUAAAGGAAAUGAGGGCUGUCACAUGGUGACUGAAGAACUUCAUUCCAUAACCUUUGAAACACAGAUCUGCCUCUAUGGUCUGACCAUAGAUUUGGAGACCAGCUCAUUGCCUGUGGUGAUGAUUUCCAACGUCAGUCAAUUACCUAAUGCUUGGGCAUCCAUCAUUUGGUACAACGUGUCAACCAACGAUUCCCAGAACUUGGUUUUCUUUAAUAAUCCCCCACCUGCCACAUUGAGUCAACUACUGGAGGUGAUGAGCUGGCAGUUUUCAUCGUACGUUGGUCGUGGCCUUAAUUCAGAUCAACUCAAUAUGCUGGCAGAGAAGCUCACAGUCCAAUCUAGCUACAGUGAUGGUCACCUCACCUGGGCCAAGUUCUGCAAGGAACACUUACCUGGUAAAUCAUUUACCUUUUGGACAUGGCUUGAAGCAAUAUUGGAUCUAAUUAAGAAACACAUUCUUCCCCUUUGGAUUGAUGGGUAUGUCAUGGGCUUUGUUAGCAAAGAGAAGGAACGGCUCUUGCUAAAGGAUAAAAUGCCUGGCACCUUUUUAUUAAGAUUCAGUGAAAGCCAUCUCGGAGGAAUAACUUUCACCUGGGUGGACCAUUCUGAAAAUGGGGAAGUGAGAUUCCACUCUGUAGAACCCUACAAUAAAGGCCGGUUGUCUGCUCUGCCAUUCGCUGACAUCCUGCGAGACUACAAAGUUAUUAUGGCCGAAAACAUUCCUGAAAACCCUCUGAAGUACCUAUAUCCUGACAUUCCCAAAGACAAAGCCUUUGGUAAACACUACAGCUCGCAGCCUUGCGAAGUUUCAAGACCAACAGAAAGGGGUGGCAAAGGUUAUGUUCCUUCCGUUUUUAUCCCCAUCUCAACAAUCCGAAGUGAUUCAAUGGAGCCACAUUCUCCAUCAGACCUUCUUCCCAUGUCUCCAAGUGUGUAUGCGGUGCUGAGAGAAAACCUGAGUCCCACAACAAUCGAAACUGCAAUGAAGUCUCCUUAUUCUGCUGAAUGACGGGAUGAACUCUGACACACCAAGAAAGGAAGCAAAUGAAAAACUUUAAAGACUGUUCUUUGCCCAACGACCACAUUUGAUUUCUUCAGCUUUGUAAAUACCGGGUUCUGGGAAAUGUUUGACGUCUGAAGCUCUCUUCACACUGUCAUGGCACUCCCCAGUUGGGAGUGUUGUGAUUGAAAUGCUUGAAAACAAAGCUUCAGAUAAACGUGCAAGAUAAGACAACUUUCAGAAACCAGUGUUAAUAACAAUAUUCACAGAAGA